AACAGUCUGUUUCAGAGUUAUCUCCCUUCGGCUUCAGACAACGGACGCCAUAAAUAUGUUGAUGAUUAUUUCCCAUCUUUGCGGUUAGAAGUUUGUUUGUUAAGGAAGUUGAGUAAAUACAGGUAUAUUAUUAACCCGCAUGUAUACAUACAUCGCACGACGGUGAAUAAUUUUGACAACAUCAUAAACGAAUGUGACAACUGUUGAGCGAUGGCGAAGUGAAUCCGGCCAACGAGUCCCAGGUCAGUGUGUCCCCGGGGCGAGAACAAAAGUGACUCAUUAUUUCACUGGUACAUAUAAGCUUAGCUGCCUUAUUCGACAGCAUGAUUGGCAGUUUUACUGUUGUAGCUUGCGUUUGAACUUAGCAUUCUUUUACACUGUUGCGAAUUGUGAAUUCUGGAACGAAAUUGACAUAAACAGCAACAGACCACACGCGAUCACACUCGACAGUUAUGAUGAAGAGCGACAGAAAGACGUCACAGUGUUGUCAAAAUGGGAAACCUCUUCUGGCCUCCAUUCAGUAAAUCCCGCAAGAUGGAGAGUCCUCCACCUAAACGUCAUCAUCCAGAGGUCAAGGACGAGGAGUUGAAUAAGAAGCAAAAUCUGACACUGGAGACGAUCAAAGAUGAGGCAGCGUUUGUGUCACGGUUUAGCGCUUUCUACAACAGCAGCUGCCUCAGCGACCUGGUGCUACGAGUGGGCAGGGACAGAUACUACUCCCACAGGUUCAUCCUCAUCACAGCCAGUGAUGUCUUCGAAGCUAUGUUGAACCAGAGGCAAUGGGUGGAAUCUCAGGAGCCGGAGAUUGAUCUGACAGAAGACCCAGAGUGCAUCGCAGUGUUUGGGAUGUUCCUCAAAUAUCUCUACAGUGGCUCAGUCCAGGUGUCAACAGACACGGUCCUACCCAUCCUCCUUCUGGCUGACAAAUACAGCAUCACCACCCUGCGUGAGUCCUGUAUCGAAUACAUGACGCGACACAUUGUUGAGUCUCCUGACACAAAUCGAACACUAACAUGGUACCAGUAUGCCAAGAUGACUGGACAGGAAAAAUUGAAAGACAUCUGUCAGAGAUUCAUCCUGUCCAAUUUUGAUGUUAUUCUUGAUGCACCGGACUGGCCUGAAAUGACAAAGUCCGAGCUUGUCGAGUUCCUCAGCAGCUCCGAACUUGUUGUACUGAGUGAGAUCCAUUUGUGGAAUAAAGUCGAGAAAUGGCUGACCUGUGAAGAAAAUCGUGAUUCACUUGUAGAGAAUCUCAAAGACAUCUUGCCCCUGUUGAGAUUUAACAUGAUCUUGCCCAAAAGUCUUUUGACUGUCGAAUCGUCUCCUUUGUGUUCGAAAUACACGGAACAUUUUGCAGAAAAGCUGAAUCACGCCUAUCGGCACCAUUCUCUCAUGAUGGAUUGUGGGGAUCUUUGUGAAAAUCGAGAGCAGUUCAGGAACUAUUAUAGUAAAGAUUACUACCUAUGUUUUCCAUUCAAGCUUGAGAAUUAUCCUGGCAUCGGCAAGAUAAGCAGCCGUAUCAUAGUAGAAUGUCACGUCCCAACCCACUUCAUGCCCUCCAAUCAAUCCCGAGCUUCUUGCACCGAAUUCACUGCAUACUUCUACCCUCGAGGUUUCUACAAUACAAUCACCUUAUAUGGCACAUACAUGAAUCGUCAGAGUGAUGCCACGACAUUCAAACUGUGUCGAAAGUUUUCUGAUCAAAAUCCCGUGAAGGUCGAUGUCGCCCUGGUGCUAUAUGGCCGAAAGAAUUCUGUGAGGUAUAUCGCAUACACCGUCAACAUGAGUCAUUUGUUUGGGAAGGAAUCGUCAACCCUCACCGUUGAAAACAUCAUCGACUUGGACAAAUUGAUGCAGGACGAUUCUCCGUACCUGAUCGAUGGAACCCUUGAUGGGAAACUCUUCGUGAAAGUACAAGAUAUGGGACCACACUUGUUGGACGCUGAUACCAAGUGACAUGUUUCUACAAAACUGAAACCACACUUUUUGGAUGUUAUGUACAUAAGGUUUGAAACACUGAUGGCACAUUUGUAUGGGUAUGGUCUGUGUCAUAUAUACUUCACAGUGUCCAUUCACUCGAAGUUGAUUAUCCUGGAAACAAUUUUAACACUUUACACAUGUUUUGAUCAUAUUUACACUUUUGCAGAGAAUUAUGUUUACACAAAUUUGACUUGUUUGAUGUUAAUCCUGAAACCUAUUGAAUAAAUUCAGACUUGAAUGUCCCCAAAUUUUGCAGUGGAGAAAAAGGUUUUUUGAAAUUGAACAUUUUCAUUCAUAUGGCAUAUGCCUGAACAUGCUGAAAACAAUCUUGUCAAAUAUGUCAAAAUCAUGAAUGUAUUUCAAAGUUGACAAAAACACUUGAGGUAAAGGGAUAUCAUUAAUAUUCCCGGCAUACAGUUUAGAAGCUGUGUAAUCAUGGUAACAUCCAGGAUUCUAUCUUACCAUUGUGCCUAGGGAAGUUUAACGAAAAAAACAGCAACAAAAUUUGUGCCAUGCUUGUUUAUUAGUAAACAGCACAGGAACAUAUUGAUGGAAAGGGCAAUGGACAGAAUUUUCUCCAUAUUUUGUAUCCUUUCAAUUUCAUAUCUGAGAAAACCUUCCAAACUUUACAAUCACUGCUUUGAAAUUAGAAACAAAUUAUAUCUUUACACAAUUUCUGGGUUUGAAAAGAAAUAUACGCUGCAUAAACCAAACAAAUAAUAUACAUUGUAUUUGCAAACUUGUAGUUUGGGGGACUUAUUUUAUAGCAUUCGUUACAGGAAGUUUCAGCUUCCAAGGUUUUAAGUAAUGUGAACUAAAGGUUAUUUAGUGGAUUGGAGAACAUGUAUGAACCCUGGUUGCUGUCUCCCUGGGCACAUGUGGCAUUGGUCCCUGAAGUUCAAUGUUAACUUGAUGAGCAAUACAUGUCAAUGUUUAGGGUAGAAUGCUACCUAAUUAUCAUAUAUGCCACAAACACCUAUGAACCAUGCCUGCAACAGUUCCACCCUCUUGCCUUUGUCAACAAGUUGCUUCUUUCUUGAACAUGUUGAACUGUCCAUUGAUUAGGGAGCAUGUAAGUCAAACUUUUCAUCUAGUGAACAAUAGUGCCUUCAUAGUCUUAAUGGUUAAAUGGAUAUUUUUUUUAACAGAACAGAUGCACGUUUUGACUAACUUCUGGAUGCUUUACAUACCAAGCAGCGUGUGAAGAUCUGGAUUAGAAUUGGUCUUCAGCAACCCAUGCUUGUCGUGAGUGGCGACUACGGGAUCGGAGGGGAUCAGUCUUGUUAACUUGGUUGAUGCAUGUCCCCGUAUCCCAAUUGCGUAGAUUGAUGCUUAGGAUCUCAAUCACUGGAUUGUCUGUUCCAGAUUUGAUUAUUACCAACCGCUAUCAUAUUGCUGGAAUUUUGCUGAUUGCAGCAUUAAACAAGAAACAAACAAACAUAUCAAAUGCUCUAUGUGAUAAGGCAUUUCGCUGCUUAGGCAAUUUACUUUUUAAGUUAUGCAUUGUUAUUAUUAUUAUUAUGGUAUGGUUUGAAAUAUUAGGUAAUGUUGUCAUAGUUUAGCCAAGGCUCCAUAAUUCUUUUGCUAUGACUUUAUAAACAUGUUUUAAGGCUAUCAAUAGAAGUAAUUGUAUUUAGCAGUAAAUUAUUCUGUUUGAAUGUAUAACAUAUAACUAUAAUUGGCUAUGAAGAGUUGUAUCCCUUAGCUGCAUCUGAAUCUGCUGGCUAUGUGCCCAUAUAUAUACCAGGUUUGCCCUGAUUGUGAUCCUUAGUCUGUCAACACCAUACUCACAUGCGGGUGGGUUGCCUUAAUAUAAGGCCUUAAGAAGCUUAAAGUCAUAGUGACUUAUAUUUGGAAUAAAACAUUUUUAGUAAGACUUGCUGUCAUGGAAACAUUACCUCAUGUGUUUUAGAGUUUUAGCAUACUAGACACAUGUCACGUAAUAGGCGAUGCCACAGGCUGGGAAGGUCAUUGAUUAGAGAUGUCAAUCUAUCUAUAUCCUGAUUAAGGACUGGUUCAACCCUUGUCAACUCACCUACUAACAUUUGCUUGGUUUACUGAUGCAAUAGUUGGAGACACGGUGCAUGCAAACAUCAAUAUUUGAUCAGUCAAUAAUAGCCACACCAUAGGGUAGAAGCCUAAUUGCCUAUUAGUUAAGCAUGCCUUGUGAUAUCAGUAUAAUGGUUGUGUUAGCAUGUGUAAUCCAAGCAAUACUCUUGUAGGUGUGAAUCUAGUCUUGCCAUUCAAGAUUAUAAAAAAAAGAGCUAUUUUUCAGAUUCUUAUUUGACUAGUCAGAUAGCUUUAUGAUUUUGAUGACUUGAUUGCUUCUUGGGUGCCUAUACCUGGAUGUGACUGCAAUAAAGCUGUUAAACAUGUUAAAUAUUCUCAGUUAUAUGCUCGUAAUGCUCACAACAAUGUUUUGUCAAGUGACAUUAUUAAAGGACUAUGUUCCAAGGUCUUGGGGUCAUAUCUAGUCGUAUUGUAGUUCAGUGCCAUGUGUAAAAGUCUGAGAUGUUGUCUUGUGUAGGGUAACCAUGGUAACCAUGAAAUGUGAUAUCAUGUAUAUUGCUGUACAUCAUUAUAUCAAGUUAAUAGACAAAGUAUAUUUAUGAAUUGUAUUUUGUGGGUUUAUUGAGUGCAAACCAGAUUUUACGUAUAUACUUCCAUGAAUGCAAAAUAAUUUUGAAGACAAUUCUUCAAAAACAGCUUAUUUAAUCAUUAAGACAAACAAAAAUUAUACAAAAUUAGUGGCAUUGUUCAGUGUAAUUAUGUAUCACAGGCCCUGCUCACUCUAUUAUCAGUCAAUCAGGAAACGGGGGCACGGGUGGCCCAGUCGUCUAAGGCGCCGCGAUUUGCUGUGCAGAGUUGCGUCCCUUGGGCAAGCCAGAAACCUAUGAUUGUGGGUUCGAAUCCCGGUUCGCCCUGAUUAUGU